AUGGCUCUGCAAAUAAAAUUCUUAUUCUUUCGGCUCUCUGAAUUUUUCUACAACACACUUACUUCUCUACUAUGUAUUAUCCUCAUAGUUGGCUUUGUCCUAUGGCUAAAUACCCCCAAACUGGAAGUUUACAUAAACGACGCUUUCCUCACCAACUUAUCUCUCAAAAACAACACAAACGACACCUUUUUCAUCUCAUACGACAUGUCACUCAACAUUGCAGUUACAAACCCCAACGCCUUUGUGGACAUUUAUUGCGACGACAUUGAAGCCACGGCCUUUGUUCAGGGCCAAUAUCAGUUGACCAAAGUGGUCUUAACGCCGUUCUACCUAAAACACAAAACGACAACCACCUUGGGUGUAGUUUUUCAAGGGAGCCACAUGUUGUCGUUUGGCUCCAAUUGUGAGAACUUCCUUUGUCGUUUCGGUGAUGAGAUGAGAGAUGGGACUUACAAUAUUGUUGUAGGGUUUUCUGUUUUUGUACGGACAAAGCUUGGUAAGUUGAGGAUUAACGUUCCUUACAGUCAACCGUACAUCUAUUGUGAUUUACGAGUUCCUUUAAACUCCAUGGAUGGAAAAGGUAUGAGAGAAAAUGCAGAGAAAAGAUGA